GUGGUGCCCAUGUUUUUAUUAUUAAUUUUUUUAGGGGGUGUUGGGGGUUGCUUGAUUCCCUUCCACAUUUUCUUGACUACCUCAUCCAUAAAUAUAAUAUAUAUACCUUAGUCUUCGUUGCUCUUUCCAUUGGAGUCCAUUCAAACCUUUUCCUCUCCCAAUAAAAAAUUGACCUUUAGCUCCCCUGUUUCUCUAUCUUACUCUUUCUCUCUAGUGUCACUACUCACUAACUCAGUUGUUUUCCUUAGAUUCUUUCACAUCUGAUCUGGGUUUUGAAAGAUUAAAUAUAUAGUCAAAGACAAUCUAAUUUCUGGGUUUGAUUUGUGUUGGUGGGAAAAUGGGAAGGCUCAAUUUUGGGAAACUAUUAGAUUGUCUUUGCCUUUCUUCUUCUGGGUCAAACUGUUUUUGCAUCAACUCCAUUGGAUUUGAAGAUGAUUAUGAUGAGUUUGAGAAAAGCUCAUUACUCACAACAAGUGAAAAAUCCCAGUUGCUCACAUUGAAGGAUGUUGUUUCUGGAAAACCAACUUUGGCUUUUCAACUUAAGCCUAAGAUGGUCAUGUUAAGGGUUUCCAUGCAUUGUAAUGGCUGUGCUAGAAAAGUUGAGAAACAUAUCUCAAAAAUUGAAGGGGUGACCUCGUAUAAAGUUGAUUUAGAGUCCAAGAUGGUAGUUGUAAUUGGAGACAUUCUUCCUUUUGAGGUGCUAGAGAGUGUCUCCAAGGUCAAGAAUGCAGAGAUUUGGACUAAUUCUCUAUCUUCAUGAUGAUUUUUCUCGAGGCUCAUCACAAUUCCAAUAUUCCAGGCAUCCAAACAGGGUACUAAGAACAAGAAGCUAAGAGAAACUUCAUUAUUAUAUUAUAUAUAUAUAUAAAGAUAGAUAGAUAGAUAGAUAAUAUGAGUACAUACAUUUGGAAGAUCUGUUAUGUACCUUUCAACUUGUGCAGAUGAAAAUACAGAAUGUGAUGAGCCUAUACAAAUUUUUUCAGGCCUCUUGAAUUAAUGUUGUUAUUAGGUUCUUUAAUUUGUUGGUUGGGAUUGUUGUGUAAUCUUGUAUAUGCAACAGUAUUUGUAUGAGGACAUUAUUGGCCACUAUAUUUGUAUGGCUAAUUUUGUUUUGUCUAUGUAUUUAUAUUUUGCAAACUUAAGCAGUUUCUCUUUACA